GAAUACUAAGAGAGGAAAACAAGGAAAGAGAAAGCUUGUAACAGAGAGCGAAUUUAAGAGACACAUAGGAUAGAGUGAUAGUUAUAGAAAGAGGGGGAAAGAGUGAUAAAGAAUUCAAGAGAGACAUGGGAAAGAGCGAUAGUUAUAGAGGGAGGGUGAGAGAGAAAGAAAGUUGAGUAGAGAGUUACGAACCUAAAGUGAAAAAAAACAAAACAAACCAAAAUGAAAUAGAAAGGACAAUAGAAUAAAAAUGAAUAGGUAGAGAGAGAGAGAAAAAAAGAAAGAUAGAAAUGUAAAGAGGAAGGACCGUGGUAAUAAUGGUUAGUGGUGUUUGAAAAAGUGUUGUUAAGACUGUUUCAAGCUCUUACUGACGUCAUCUGAACUGUGUUAUUAUAGUGGGAGGGCACCUCCAGGAACCUACUUGGCAAUUUUUUUUGUCCACUGCUCCUGAAAACUUCAAACAAAUCUCCAUUGAUCACUCACGGAUGGGAAACUUAACAACUGGUUUAGGAGCAUCCAAUGGUGUAGAUGUGUCUCUUCAGCUGAGGUGUGGAGCGAUUUGAAUGCGGAUACCUCUUUCUAGAUUUUAAUUUCAUCAAACAUUCUUCAGGAUUAUCAACGUAAAACAAAUAUUUUCAUAUUCAGCCAUUACAAAAGCAUUUAAAGAACGUAUAUAUUUAUAUAUACAGAAAGAACGAUGUCAUAAACAUUCAAUGUUUAUUUUUCAUAAAUUGUCUAUUUCUGAUAUUUCUAGUCGUUCUUUUUUGCCCUAUUUCUAUAUUUCGCUCAUUCACUCACUGGCAAAACUUGCAUAUGAAUGCAAAUAAACAUAGAGAAAGAAGCGGAGGAGUGUAGACGGCUGUAAACUUGACAUUAUGAAGUCCAAUAAUAUGUUUAAAGAUCAAGUAAAAACUAUAUCAAGUUGGUUUCAGAGUUGGAGUGAAUGCGAGCAAACAGUGGCCUUGUAUUCAUUGCUGAAACGGUUAUCACCCAUUCAAGUUAAAUUUAUUGCCCAAGUUCUUGAACAGAGUGCUUCAGACUGUUCCCAAGUACAACGACUCGAGGAGGAAGCCAACAAUCCAGAUUACAUCAGCCAGUUAUGUUCUGAAUCAAAAGAAACGGCUGUGAAGCAACUUCUAUCUCAUUUACCAUUACUUCGAUCUGGAAAUGCUGAUGCAAAAAGGGCUUACUUACAAAUAAUUCCUCAAGUUUUGUCGUACUCUAUUGACAACAGAGUGCACAUUGAAGAAAGUCGUCAGUUGCUAUCUUUCUCUCUCAUACAUCCUGCCAUUACCAGUGACGAACGGUUCCAGUUUCGAGAUUGGUUGAGUUUUCUUGAGGAACGGUUUGCGCACAGUAUUUCUCAGAAUAGGCAAAAUUUCCAAGCUCUACCUAAUACAUACACAAACAGAGUUGGUGCAGAAGAAGUUCUUCCACCACCACCACCACCACCACCACUACCAGUACAGCAACACAUGAAUAUUGGAAGCACCAAUCAUUUAAAUGGCUGGAAUGAUAAACUAGCAUCUGAACAAUUAACUGCUGGACUGAAUUUAGAAAGCAGCUCUUCAGAUCCUCAUAUGCAAAUGCUUGGUAACUUUGCAAAAGUUGGUGCUACUAGGAGCAAUUCAAAUGUCCAUAAUGAUGACCACAGAGGUCAUCUUCAAACAGUGCAUACAAAUAAGAUUCCUAGAAGCCACAUACCUUUGCAUGCCACAUCAUCUGACCCUUUAAACAUCACACCCAAUGUACAAGGUCGAGGUGGACAGUCUGAGAACCUCCUAUGUGCACUUGAUAUAGAUACUUAUAGAUGCCAAGAAUUAAGAUAUGAUCCAAAAGGCUGCAUCAAUUCACACACUCCUUUACGGCGAACUAAUUCUGUUACACCCCCUGAUAAUAUAUCAGACUGGCUAGCAAAAUGUGAAGAUCCUUAUUCCCGUAUACGUCCAUUAUCUAGCACUUCAGAUCAUGCACCAUUAUCACCUCAGAGCAGUGUGACUUCAUCAGGGAGUGGUAGUGACACACAUCAAGAUGAAGGUGGUCAGCCUAUCCGGAAUAGUUUCACAGAACCUGGUAGUGGCAUGCAAGAUGUUCCUAUUUGGUUGAAAAGUCUGCGAUUGCACAAAUACUCCUACUUAUUUCAAUUGUUGAGUUAUGAAGACAUGAUGGAUCUUUCUGAGCAAUGGCUCGAAGAGCAGAAUGUUACAAAAGGAGCACGACACAAAAUAGUAUUAAGUAUACAGAAAUUAAAAGAUAGACACAAGCUUUUGAGGACUUUAGAACAGAAUAUCAUGAGUGGUGGUUCAAUUAAAACAGCAUUGGCGGAGUUGAAGAGCAUUCUAAAUACACCAAUGAAAGCAAAUGCAGACAUAGCAUCAAAUGAUAAAUUACCAAUACGGAAAGCAAAUUUAAGUCCAAUCUCUGAAGGAGAUACUUCACAGGCAGGCGAGGAUCUUCCAAAACAAUUCACCAGAGUAAUGGGGAAAAUAUGUACCCAAUUUUUAGUUGGUAACAAAACUGAUGAGGAGAGCCGAAAUAUAUAUUUACAAUUAAUUGAUAAAUGUAUAAACCAUGAGGCUUUUACUCAAAAACAAAGGAAAUUACUGACAUCCUGGAAGCAGCAAAUCCAAAUCACUUCACCUCCUAAAUAUACCAUAGAUGUAAAACCAAGGAAAAAUUGGGGCAAUACAUUUCCUAUUUGUGCUAACUCUAAUAUGAGAAUGGGUAGUCAAAGGAUGCUACGAGAUCCCCAGAAACCUACUGCUGCUGGUCUAUCUCAAUGGAGUUUUGGUUCUAAACGGUCUUCGGUUAUAGGUUGUGGGCACAUUCCAAUAAAUAGAAAAAAUUCAUAUAGCCCCAGCGUGGUCUCAAAUCCAAUAGAGCAAGAUUCCAAUUAG